AUGUCAUCCGAAUGGCCCGACGCACAAUUGUCGAACAUACAGAAAACUCUGCAAAAUAGUUGGCAGAUUCCGUACAUAACACUGUAUGCACGAAUCUUUUGUGAUGCUUUUCAACUCUUCGAUUUUCAUCAAGAGGAACUGGAAGAUGCAUUACUAUCUGAUAAUCCUGAAGAAAUCCAUCCUUUUCUUCAAGAACUUCUCAUAUCAUUGCUUACCGGAUUGACACGUUUACAUGUGAAUUCGGGCAAUAUGUUCAUGAUGUUAAGUAGUGUCCUCAAACGAUGUGAUCUGACCAUUGACUCGUCUUGUUCAUCAUUUGUGAUGAAAAUAUCAGAUGAUACAAUAUCAACAACUGAAUGGAAGGAAAUGGGCAUUUUCGAAAAAGUGACCGUUUUGCGUGCGUUGUGCGAUGCCAAACUCAAUCGACCUGACAUUGAACAAGUUACCGAAAACAUACCAGCUGAUUCACUUCGCUUUGAGCCGUUUGGCGAAGAUUCCCGUGGAAAUAAACUAUGGUACUUUGGUGAUACACGUCUCUAUUCCGACUCGCCGAGUAAAGAUUCUGAAACAUCCACAUGGCAAUGUAUGUGUCGUACAUUGGAUGAAUGGAAUACAUUUAUCGAAAAUUUUCGUAAAACAUGUUCAAGAAAGAAUUCAAGUUUAAAAGAUCGUAAACUGUUAGAACGUUUGAUUGAAUUGAACGCAGAAUUGCCCGAGAUCUAUGCGCGUAAAGAACGUGAAAGACAUCGGCGUUGGACGUCUUAUGAACCAAAGCGUAGUUCGACACGUCUCGAGGCUAAACGACAACAGCGCUUGGAAUUGGAAGAGAUAACUCAAGAACAAAAAGCACGAUAUGAGAAAUUUCUUGAAUUCAAACGACGACAAGAGGAAACGAUUGCAAAGGAGAAAGAACGUUUAGAACGCAAUGAACGUGUUAAACGUCGAGAAGAACGUGCAGAUCGUAUACGACGUCGAGCAGCAGCUGGAUCAUCUACAGGUUUGGUCGAUGGCUCCGAAAUGUCCGAUAACAGCAAUGCAUCAUCAGCAUUAAACGAUGAAUCCAGUAACCCAAUCGACACCAGUGAUAUACAUCAAAAAGUAUUAACUCUAUUACGAACAAAUGAGAACAGUUGGCCGUUUCUGGAACCUGUCACCGAAGAACUAGCACCGAAGUAUUUUUCGAUUAUCGAAAACCCAAUGGAUCUUGCAACUAUUCAAAAGAAGAUCAAUGCUAAAGCAUAUGUCAACAAUUCCGCAGAAUUUGUUCGAGAUGUCGAACUGAUGGUUGCAAAUUGUGAGCAAUACAACGGCAAACGCAGUAUUCUGGGUCGAUUGGCCAAUCGCUUACUUCGAUAUUUCAAAGAUUGUUGGUCAGAGUAUCAACCUGUGACUCCACAAUGCGACGACGAUAUCGACGAAUUUAAUCCACUUAAACGACGUUUACAUGAGUCGACAUCGACUACGAUCACCCGCGACAAAAAUAAUAAUACCAGACCAAGAAAAAACUAUCGACAACUAGCUGGUCUAAGCGAUGAUGAAGACGACGACGAAGCUGAAUACGUACCAGUACCAAGUUCCAAACGUGCUCGUCAUUCAACGCCAUCAGUACCAAUUUAUAUCACGAUUGAUCCUAAUUCUCCAGCAUCAAUCGUCUAUCACGAUCACUCAUACUUUAUUCGUCAUGAAUCUACAGAUACGAAUCGACGAAAGACGGCGAUACCAAUUUCGAAACCCUCAUUACCAACUAUUCAACCACAAACUCAUCCUCAACCUCAAACUUCUCUACCUACAGUUCAAGUUCUCAAUCGUUUACUUCUUGAACGUCAACAAAAGUUAAGAAAUUCGACUACAGAUCCAUCAACAUCAUCGUCAACAACAGCUACAACAACAACAACAGCAAUCGAAUUCAGUGCGAUUCUUCGUGCGCUUCUCGGCAAACAGGGUCAACACAUAACAAUUGAAAAUAAACUAGAUCAAAAUACCGAAACGACUCUCCCUUCGUCAACCCCACCGCCCCAACCUAUUGUUGCCUCUCAGGCACAAUCUGACUCGUCAACCUAA